GGGCGAAUCAAGUGAUAACCUCAGAUUCGAAUUGGAAAACCCAGGUCGAACAUAUAAUCGACUAUAAAGCAAUUCAACAAUCAAUAUUUGAUUACACAUCAAGAUGAAAGUUCUUUGCUUAUUACUAGUUCUCACCAUCUUAUUCAUUCAGGGCGAAGCUCUGAAGAAUUUGAUGGGAACUGAUAUCCAUAAGUGCAUAAGUUGCCUUUGUCAUGCCAGAACAGGAUGCUGGAGGAGGAGAAACUGUGCUAGUUAUUCGAUAUCUUUUGACUACUGGAAAACAGCUGGCAGUCCAGUAUUAGAUCCUAGCCAUGAUCCUGAUUCCGAAGAAAGCUAUAAAAAAUGCCUGCUCGAUGAAAACUGUAUAGUUAAUACAAUUGAUAAGUAUACAUCUUCCUUCGGUGAACUGGACUGCAAUUGUGACGGUAAAUUCGACUGCAAAGACAGGUUUGCCAUUCAUCUCAAUGGAGAAAGAUGUGUGAAUCCUAAUUUUGGAAGAACAUAUGCAAGAAGGUUCAAUGAGUGCGCACAGAGCAUAGGGGUUAAAGAGAUGCUGAGUCAAGAAGGAUACAAGGGAUGUGUGCUUCCUGAUGUUCAAUAAAAUGGAUAGCUAAUGAAUAUUCCAUAAAUCUCACAAACUACUUUUUCAAUGAACCUGUAUGACAUUAUUUAGAAUAAUCAGAUAUAAUAAUAAUAAUA